AUGCCAGACAUUAGACAAUACUACAAAGCGGAUAUCCUGGCCACUGUUAUACAAACUAAUGCAAAGGAGGAAGUACCGCAAUGGUUGGAGAUGAAGGCUUCUUGGGCAUGUCCCAAAGGCCUGAGCUAUCUAUUUUGGAUACCCCAUACACACAGGAAGGUGCACCCAGAUGUGCCACCCACUACACGACUUUUACUCAAAAAUAUGGGACGCUUCCAGACAACAAUGGGGACAAAACAAAGAGUGGGCGCGAGCGACCCCCCU